CUUCUCUCUGGCUGGAUUUGCCCCGUCUGCGUCAGUGACGGGCGGCGUUUUCGCCUAGGUAAAGAUACGCAAUCGCAGUUUCCAGUUCUACUACAGCUUCGAGUAUGUCUUUGUGCACAAAGGCUUGUAUGAGCGGACGGGAGAAGCCCUGGUUGCAAGGUUAAUUGCUACUCGACCAGUUAAGCAUACAAAGCUGGAAUGAGGAACGAGGAAGCUUUACGGUUAUUUCCUAGCAAGCCUGCGUGUUCCAGGUGUACCUGCGAUUGCACCUGUUAGGCGUGACCCCGGAUGAUCCGCAGGACACUGACCGCUCACCUGUGUGCUGUUGCCAGAGCUACCAGGAAUACACCCGAGAUGGCCAGACCGAGCUCGAGUUUGGCCCAUUUUCGGGAGGAGUUUGCCAAGGCCAAGCACAUCGCGAUAAUCACAGGGGCUGGAGUCAGCGCAGAGAGCGGUGUCCCAACGUUCAGAGGGGCUGGGGGAUACUGGAGGACGUGGCAGGCUCAGGAUUUGGCCACUCCUGGUGCAUUCUCCCGAGACCCGUCCCUGGUGUGGGAGUUUUAUCACUACAGACGUGAGGUAAUGAGUAGUAAGGAGCCCAACCCAGCCCAUUUGGCUAUCGCUGAGUGUGAGGCUCGUCUCGGCCAGCAGGGGCGCUCUGUAGUCGUUAUCACCCAGAACAUCGACGAGCUGCACCGUCGAGCCGGCUCCAAACACGUGCUGGAGAUCCACGGUAGUCUGUUUAAAACACGCUGCAUGAGCUGUGGUGAAGUCAAGGAAAACUACAAGAGCCCUGUCUGCCCUGCACUGAAGGGAAAGGGUGCCCCUGACCCCAAUGCCAAGGAGGCCAGAAUACCAGUGGAGGAUCUGCCUAGAUGUGAUAGGCAGGGCUGUCAUGGUCUUCUGCGGCCACACGUGGUGUGGUUUGGAGAGACACUGGAUGCUGAUAUUCUGACCAGCGUGGAACAGGAGCUGGAGAGAUGUGACCUCUGCUUAGUGGUCGGCACCUCCUCCAUAGUUUACCCAGCGGCCAUGUUUGCGCCCCAGGUGGCAGCUCGAGGAGUGUGUGUGGCGGAAUUUAACAUGGAGAGCACACCUGCCACGCAGAGGUUUAUGUAUCACUUUGAGGGUCCGUGUGGCAGGACGCUGCCCCCUGCUCUGGCACGUCACCAGAGCGAGGUCAUCUGAGGAGCACUCCGUCCCCCUGCACUGCGCUUUAGAACACAGGGUGCACAUCCACGCUCUGGUGUUGCUAGUUUAGAACACAGGGUGCACGUCCAUGCUCUGGUGAUGCUAGUUUAGAACAGAGGGUGCACGUCCAUGCUCUGGUGAUGCUUGGGUUCUUUUAAAUGCUGUCCUGCUGUUCCGAUUGACACCAGGGUGAGGAGGAUGGAUUUGGGCAAAAAUAAAGUUGUCCACACACCUUGAA